AGAGAAAAUAAAGCGAUGAACAAAUCGCAUAUAUAAACCACUCUUGUAUCUUUGCGUCGCUCUCGGAGUAGCUAUGGCGGUAGAGAGACGAAACCCUAGUCUUCUCUCUCUCAUUGCCCUCUCUCUAGUAGUGAUCGCAUCUGCUGAAGUGUUCUUUGAAGAGCGUUUUGACGAUGGUUGGGAGAACCAAUGGGUUAAAUCCGACUGGAAGAAAGAUGAGAGCACGGCUGGGGAAUGGAACUAUACUAGCGGUAAAUGGAGUGGGGAUCCUAAUGAUAAAGGCAUCCAAACCAGCGAAGACUUCAGGUUCUAUGCUAUCUCUGCGGAGUUCCCAAAAUUGAGCAAUAAGGAUAAGACAUUAGUUUUUCAAUUUUCUGUUAAGCAUGAACAGAAGCUUGACUGUGGUGGUGGCUACAUGAAACUGCUUAGCGGUGGCAUUGAUCAAAAGAAAUUCGGUGGUGAAACCCCAUAUAGUAUUAUGUUUGGUCCAGAUAUCUGUGGCUACAGUACCAAGAAAGUCCAUGCCAUUCUUGCAUACAAUGGAACAAAUCACUUGAUCAAGAAGGAUGUUCCUUGUGAGACCGACCAGUUGACUCAUGUCUAUACAUUCAUUCUGCGACCAGAUGCUGCCUACAGCAUUCUGAUUGACAAUGUGGAGAAGCAAACUGGUAGCCUGUACUCUGAUUGGGACCUUCUACCACCAAAGAAAAUAAAAGAUCCUGAGGCCAAAAAGCCUGAAGAUUGGGAUGACAAAGAAUACAUUCCUGAUCCUGAAGAUAAGAAGCCGGAGGGGUAUGAUGAUAUCCCUAAGGAGAUACCAGAUCUUGAUGCCAAAAAGCCUGAGGACUGGGAUGACGAGGAAGAUGGUGAGUGGACACCCCCAACAAUUGCUAAUCCUCAGUACAAGGGUCCAUGGAAGCAAAAGAAAAUUAAGAAUCCCAACUACAAGGGAAAGUGGAAGGCACCUAUGAUCGACAACCCAGAUUUUGUAGAUGAUCCUAAUCUGUAUGUGUAUCCAAACUUGAAGUAUGUUGGAAUAGAGCUGUGGCAGGUGAAAUCUGGAACCUUGUUCGACAAUAUCUUGAUUUGUGAUGACCCCGAUUAUGCGAAGAAGCUGGCAGAGGAAACAUGGGGCAAACACAAGGAUGCUGAGAAGGCAGCAUUUGAUGAGGCAGAGAAGAAGAGAGAGGAGGAGGAAUCAAAGGAUGAUCCUGUAGAUUCAGAUGUUGAGGAUGAAGAUGAUGCCGACGCUGAUGCUGAUGAUGAUGUCGAUGACGAUGCCGAGGACACAGAAGAAAGUGCACAUGAUGAACUAUAGGUAGAGAUAGCCACUCUCAAGAAUUUAGAAACUGAGGAGGUCAACACUUUUCCUUUCUUGUUUAUUUUUUGGCUUUAGUUUUGCUGUUAGUGAAAGCCAAAGUUUAAUUGCUUUGGUCUGAUUUGAUUCCCCUAGUAUCGGAACAAAUGACCAUCCUUUAAUGAUUUUUAUGCAGUAUAUGAUAUGGACUGGAGUUAUUAUUAUGUGUAACGAGUAACGACCCAUCUUGAUA